AUGUCACAGGUGCAGUCUCACAUUGAUGAGCUCCGGCGUCGCUUUGAGAAUGUCAGAGUUGUGCGGCAGAUACCCUCUGAGACGCUGCUGCAGGUAGACCAGACCAGCACCAACUGUGGGUACUUGCUGGUGCUUUACGUCGCACUGGAUGCAAAUUUUCCCCGCUCACCCCCAACCGUGGCGUACUUCAACGGACGCAGAAUCUCUAUCGCGGCGGAAACUGGAACCGCCGACGUGUGGGAUCCGGCGAAGUCGAGGCUCGCGGAUGCCGUUUCAAACGCAUUUGCUAACCUUGCAAACAUGUGGGGCAGCGUCGGUCCACCGUCCAUGAAUCAGAUUUCCAGCCAGCUUUCCUUGCUUUCGGAUUCAAUGCUGCAAGACAUUAUAUCGUACCCCAGCUGCUUGGAGUCUUACGCGUACCAGCUCCCCUUUACCAAGGGUAUUCGUGACGCGAGUGGACAGACCAUUGACGAGAUUGAGCGGGUGGCCAAGGAAAACUUGACGCUGCAACCUGAAGUUGCACAACUGCAAAAGGAGGUGGAAGAGCUUCAGCAGCGCCUCAGCGACCAGAUAGGGAAGUUGCAGGAGAUGCAGGGAUCUUUAGCAUUGCUGAAUUCCAUCAAAUCCCCUGAGGUUCUCGCAAAGACGUUUGCGGCAGAUGUGAAGACCCUGGACACGCAAUGCGACGACAUAGCAAAGGAUUUACUGGCAGUAAACUACAGCACUGACAAGCGUCGCUUCGAUGAGCUACUAGAGCAGUAUAGGCUAAGGGCAAAAGAGCGACACAUCAUGGACCUCAAGAGGCGCGCGUAUUACGCGUCAAUUUCCUGA